AUGCACGUACACUCGCUCGAUGUUUCAACUCCUCUUCCAGAUCUUACCAACCAAGGAUGGGGAUGGCUGCUUUUCAUGCUCUUGCACAUAAUUGACUUGAUUAUGAGGAAGAUUGGUCGACUUAUACAAAAGGGUCUGUCUUACAGAUACACACUUAGUGUAUUGGGGUUUCUGGCUACCAUAGGCGCUGCCUUUUGCAGCAUGGACACCAUGAGGAAAUCAAACUACAUGAUAAUUUGCAUCAGUGUUCUUUCCGUUGGAGAUUUCACGGCCCUUUACCUUCAAAGGCAAGUGAAUGAUCAGUUUCUUGGAUUUAAAGAGAGAGCAAGGAUAUAUUUUCGAGCAUCUCUGUUUAUACUGAAGGCAGGAGGUAUGAUCUUGGUUUUGGCGGGGUUUGUUUAUUUGACUGCACUUGUGGAAGAGCAUCAAGACAAAGAUUGGUACUCCAUCGGAUUCUUUUCUUUUGUGUUCCUUAAUGUCACGGCAAUUAUGAAAAUAGUUCGUGUUGAAGAUCUUGGGUUAGCAGACAGCAUCAUGGCUCUCUCUGUUUAUCUCUUCAUUAAGUUUCCUGAGACCAUAGAAGAUUUCAGAACUGUUAUGUGGGCAAUUGUUGUUCUUUUGGAGAUGUUAAAAGUGUCCAAGGUGAGGCCUAGAGAAAUCAAAGAGUUAGUACUUCCUAUACAAGCUCACUUCAACUCGUCCACGUCUCCCAAAUUAGCAUGGAAAAUUGAACUUAGAGGACAUCAAAAGGAUAUUGUGGGUAUUUGUGUUCCAAAGAAUUCAGACAAUCUAUUUUCAGCAAGCAGGGACGGGAUUCUUCAGAUAUUCAGGAUUCCAAGCUUUUCUUUGCUAAGAAGUCAAGAUUUUAGAGGAGAAAUCGGCUGUCUCUUCACAACUGAAAGUUUGGUUUUUGUGGGCUUGAGAAAUGGCAUUCAGAUUUAUCACGACGAAUCCAAUCAAAGUUUCCUAACUAAGCCUCUAACCAACGAUGAGAAUGAUUCACUUGGGCUUGUCACAGCUCUCGUCUUUGCCAACGAGCUUCUUUUUUCUGGGACAAUUUAUGGUAGCAUUGUUUUUUGGAGACAAGAUGGCACAACGCCUUCAGGUCUCUCUUACCUCGGAAGUCUGCCAGCAGCUCAGAGUCGAGUGACGUGCUUGGCGUCUAAAGAGAUGACUGUGUUUUCAGCCUAUGGGGACGGUUUGAUAAAAAGUCUACAUGCUCUUUGGGGAUUCCGUGACUUUGACAAUAGACCAGUCAUAUUGUGUUCGGCCCAAAAUGGAAUUGCCAAUGUAUACGACCGAGACACGUUUGGAUUAAGAGGAAGUAUAUUGUCUACAUCUACCAUCGACACUUGGACUGCUACAAGGGGAUUUCUGUUCAGCGGUGGCAGAGAUGGUAAGCUACAUGCAUGGACUGUACUUUGA